CUACGGAGAAUCUAGUCUACUAAAACAAAGCUGCACAAUAAAACCGACGGCAGCACCCAGAAUUGAGACCCACACCUCUGGCUGAUCCCCACGCCACACCUGGUGUCUAGUUGCAAACCUUCCGAUGGAUGCUUAUUUCCUCCUCCGGUGUUCACUUCGAGGCAGCAGCGAGCGCCGGCGGGGCUCCUCUCAAUAGUGGGAGGGAAGAGUGGAGUGGGCGCAGACAGAAGAAGAGGCAGGAGCAGAAGAAAGUGGGGGAGUCUCAUCAGGACCACUCGCGUCUGGACGGCGAGCCACGAUCGCGGAGAUGCGUUGCUGUGGGAGUACCUGCACCUCUGCGUGAACACCACCAGCGACCGUUCGCUCACUUCCCACGCGGGAAUUCUUCCCAAUUCUCCCCGGUUUUGGCGCACGGAGCGAGCGGACUAAGACGCGGGAGGAAGCCAAGUUCUUCUCUUCUGCCGCAGCCUGACUUUUCGGCGGACGCCUCCACGGAUCUUUCUGUCCAUCCAAUGGAAAGCUUAAGACAUCCCACCUGUUGGAAGCACUAAGACGGAACACAAGUGGGGAAAGGCAGAAACAGAAGCCUGACUUCCUGAGCUGUUUUGGCGUCAUCCUCAUGAGGAUGCCGUUUGUAGCAUCAGCCUUACCUCGGCAGCGGAGCUCCUAUAUGUAGCCUUCACUCUUUGCAGAAGGAUUGAGACACAGACUGCAAAGAAGAAAGGCGCGGGGAUAAAAAGCAAGCCUGCAUAAGCAGUAUUUGCAUGCAUGCGGUGUGUGCCUAUAUGUGUGCACGCCACUUUCAAAGGACUUGAGCUUGUAUUUGAAUGCAGAUUCAGACCUUCAUCAUGACUCUGUGCGGAGGCUCUGGGCGUAGCUGCUGGGUGUUGCUGCUUGCUUGUUAUUUUUUGAUAGGCUCGGCAGCGAAACCCAAAAUGCCGGGACACACACACCUUAACUCGAUACGCAUCGAUGGAGACAUAUCCCUCGGUGGGCUGUUCCCAGUGCAUGCCAGAGGGAACGAUGGGAAGGCCUGUGGGGAGCUGAAGAAAGAGAAAGGCAUCCACCGGCUGGAGGCCAUGUUGUUUGCCUUGGAUCGCAUCAAUAAUGACAACGAGCUGCUGCCUAAUAUCACUCUGGGGGCCCGCAUCCUGGACACUUGCUCCCGUGACACCCACGCUCUGGAGCAGUCGCUGACAUUUGUUCAGGCUUUGAUCGAGAAGGACUCAACUGAUGUCAAGUGUCUCAGCGGAGGGCCGCCAAUCAUCACCAAGCCAGAGAGAGUGGUGGGCGUGAUCGGGGCAUCCGCCAGCUCUGUGUCCAUCAUGGUGGCCAACAUACUGCGCCUCUUCAAGAUCCCUCAGGUGAGCUACGCCUCCACAGCUCCAGAGCUCAGCGACAACACCCGCUACGACUUCUUCUCUCGAGUGGUGCCUCCUGACACGUACCAGGCCCAGGCCAUGGUGGACAUCGUCAAGGCCAUGCGCUGGAACUACGUCUCCACUGUGGCUUCGGAGGGGAACUACGGCGAAAGUGGCGUCGACGCUUUCAUUCAGAAGUCUCGGGAGGACGGCGGCCUGUGCAUCUCACAGUCGGUGAAGAUACCUCGUGAGCCGAGAGUUGGAGAGUUUGACAAGAUCAUCCGGAGGCUCAGCGAGAACCCAAACGCCCGAGUCGUCAUUAUAUUUGCCAACGAGGACGACAUCAGGCGGCUCCUCCAAGCAGCGAAGAAGGCCAAUCAAACAGGUCAUUUUAUCUGGGUCGGCUCGGACAGCUGGGGUUCCAAAAUCUCCCCGAUACUGAAUCAGGAAGAAAUGGCUGAAGGUGCCGUCACCAUCCUUCCAAAACGGCAGUCGAUCAAAGGGUUCGAUCGCUACUUCAUCAGCCGAACACUUGAAAACAACAGGAGAAAUAUAUGGUUUGCUGAGUUUUGGGAGAAUAAUUUCCAGUGCAAGCUCAGCCGACACGCUUCAAAGAAAGGAUCCGGCAUCAAAAAGUGUACAAAUCACGAGCGGAUCGGUAAAGAUUCGUCCUAUGAACAGGAGGGAAAAGUCCAGUUUGUGAUCGACGCAGUUUAUGCCAUGGCUCAUGCUCUGCACAGCAUGCACAAAGAUCUCUGCCCUGGAAAAGUUGGCCUCUGCUCAAAGAUGGAUUCCAUCAAUGGCACACUUCUUCUCAAGUAUAUACGAAUGGUUAACUUCUCAGGGAUAGCCGGCACACCGGUGGUCUUCAACGUGAACGGAGACGCUCCGGGGCGAUAUGAGAUCUACCAGUACCAGAUCACAAACGAGACCACAGAGUACAAGAUCAUUGGCCACUGGACAGACCAGCUUCACUUAGAUAUAGAAGAGAUGCAGUGGCCUGGAGGAACACAAGAAAUCCCUUCUUCCAUUUGCAGCCAGCCUUGCCGUCCUGGCCAGCGCAAGAAGACAGUCAAGGGAAUUCCAUGCUGUUGGCACUGUGAGAACUGCGACGGUUACCAGUACCAAGCAGACACUUACACCUGCAAAAUGUGUCGCUUUGAUUUGCGGCCCAACGAGAACCACACUGGCUGUGAUCCCAUUCCCAUUGUCAAGCUGGAGUGGAGCUCCCCCUGGGCAGUUAUCCCCGUCCUCAUCGCAGUCCUGGGAAUCAUGGCCACUCUGUUUGUGGUCGCCACCUUCGUGCGCUACAACGACACUCCGAUUGUCAAAGCAUCCGGUCGAGAACUGAGUUACGUGCUGCUGACUGGGAUAUUUCUCUGCUACGCGACAACAUUCCUCAUGAUUUCCACCCCUGAUGUCUUCAUAUGCUCGCUGAGAAGGAUUUUCCUCGGCCUGGGCAUGAGCAUCAGCUACGCGGCGCUGCUCACCAAGACCAACCGAAUAUACAGAAUUUUUGAGCAGGGCAAGAUGUCAGUUAGCGCCCCGAGAUUCAUCUCCCCUGCUUCUCAGCUAGUCAUCACCUUUAGCUUAAUAUCGGUGCAGCUGCUUGGCGUCUGCGUCUGGUUCGGAGUCGAUCCCUCACAAGCAAUCAUCGACUAUGAAGACCAGCGUACAGCCAAUCCCAAAAUGGCGCGCGGUGUGUUGAAAUGUGAUAUUUCAGAUCUCUCACUCAUCUGCCUGCUUGGCUAUAGCAUGUUGCUAAUGGUCACAUGCACAGUCUAUGCAAUCAAGACCAGAGGAGUUCCAGAAACAUUCAAUGAGGCCAAACCCAUUGGCUUUACCAUGUACACCACUUGUAUCGUGUGGCUGGCCUUCAUCCCCAUCUUCUUUGGGACUUCGCAAUCUGCAGAAAAGAUGUACAUCCAGACCACAACCUUGACCAUCUCAGUAAGCCUCAGUGCUUCUGUCUCUCUGGGAAUGCUCUACAUGCCCAAGGUCUAUGUCGUUCUCUUCCAUCCGGAGCAAAAUGUCCCUAAACGCAAGCGAAGCCUAAAGGCUGUGGUCACUGCAGCAACCAUGUCUAACAAGUUUAACCCAAAGGGAGGCCUGCGGCCCAACGGAGAGGCCAAGUCGGAACUCUGUGAGAGCCUGGAAACCCAAGACUUUGUUGAGGGAGGGGAGCCAUGUCAGGGACUUUAGGCUCUCAGCUUUGGCCUCCAAGCAGACGUACAUAAGCUACAGCAACCAUGCCAUCUGACACCAGAACAAGGACGCUGACCAAAAGACUGUCUGAAGGAAGCAACUGAGAAGUGGCUGCAGGCCUGGGUGGAAAGACAAUAUUUUGUUGUUCCAUAAAGAGACACAAAUGAUAUUUUUCUAGAGAAACAGUGUGCGACUACAAAGGGACAAUGCAAGAGAGAGUGGCUGGAGAAGUCAGGAGUGUGGACACUUCAUCCUCCUCUUCCCCCGGCCGCCCCCAGAGUAAAGCGGUCCAUUUGAACAAGAAAAAAAUGUAAAGGUGUAUAGCACAUCAAUUGAGGGUAAAUAUAGUUUCCUCAUCCAGCUGAAACAACAGAGGAAUCAUUACUUUGCUCAAGUUAAAAACAAAAAAACAUUAUGUUAUGGAAUUACAGACGUGAAUGCUGCAGUACUAUUAAAACUGUAGAUGCCUUACUACAGUCCAGUCAGAGUUCUACAAGAGUGAAAGCACCCAAUUGCAGAACACGGGUCAUUCCAGACUUUUUUUAUUAUGAUUAUUCAUUGUAUUGAUGACGAUGCCACGCUUUUGGCAAACUAGUGUACAGUCCUAGCAUGCUUGUGGGAGCAUCACGUGUACUGUGCUGUGUUGUCAACGUCAAUGGAAUGCAACAUUUGCGUCAAUCACAGUGGAGAUGUCUGUCAACCCCUUGCUGCGAGAGGAGAAAAAAACAGCAAAAUGAACCCAAAUGAUGACCAAAUACCACAGUUUACACACAACGCAAGAAGACAAGAAGAUGCUUGUUCCUCCUUUGACUGAACAGGAGUACGCAUCGUAAAAUGUUUUUGUCAUUCCUUUCACCGUACAAGUCACUUUUGCGUUACAUGGGCAGCGUUUUUCUUGAAGCACUGACGUCUGAGACCGAUGGCCAAUUUUCAGAAAUGGGUAACAGAGACAGCACAGUCAUUAAAAAAAAUGUACUUUCAUCUUGCUGCAAAAUGUUGUUAAAUAUAUAAGUUACAUUCCCAUUGGUACAUCGCCAUAUAAACCCUUUAGAAGAAGGCUAAAAACCAAGGCAGCGCAUAACUAAAAGUACACUAUUACGUGUAUUGGAGUGAAUCCUAUACUGCCAGAUUAGUGUGUAAUCACGAGCAAAUGCUGCUGUUGGUCAGUGCCCAGAGUGCUAGUGUUUACAUGGGGUCUUUUAUGUUAAACCAGAGACUUACCUUUAGUACAUUUCAGUAACAUUUCCUUCAUGGUCUUUCAUCUUGAAUGCUGCGGCGUGCACUACUGAUGUUACAGUAUUGUUUAUAAGAUUCUACUACGGAGCAGCAACUUCUGGAUGUUGUGACUCAGCUUUUAAACCUUCGAGACUCACUUUAUUUCAAGCAUUUCAUCGUGUUUAUUAAAAGCCAUUUGCAUCUCAGGUUGAUCCAGUUGUUCUUAGUACUUUUUCCCUGCACAGUUGGUUCAUUUAUCUCCAGCGUGAUCUCAAUCAUUCGUGUCCAGAUUAUGGGGAUGUGCUGUCAGAUAAAUAAAGGCCAUUGCCUUCAUCUUGUGCCUAAAACACAUUAAAUUAAGAGUUACCAGAUAAGUGUUUGCUUGGAAACUACUCUGAACACGAUCCUGGUCUAGGUAUUAAAUGGCGAAUCAAAUAUUUCCCGUCAGAAUUUGUCUCAUUCAGUGUUAUUCUCGAAGUGAAACUGUGAAUGUUGCAUGUGGAAAAUUCCUGAAAGGUUCAACAGAAUGGUUGACUGCCCACAAAAGAAACCGCUGGAGUGAAUUAUGAACUUUAUUUUUUACUUUUCAUUUGAUCUGGGCUUCAAACAAUAUCCACAAAAGGUGUUGUUGCAGAUAAUUCUUAUUACAAGCGUAUUCUACGUGAGAAUGUUUGUGUUUGUGAAUAUCUUUGUUUCUUGCCACCCUGUUUAUUUUUCUAAAACACUGUCUGUGUUUCAAAGUAGAGAUGUGAGUGCUGACUGAAAUUAAAUGGCAACUUUAUGUAUGUUAUAAAUGGAUUGAUCAUGUCUGCUUUAUGUACUGAAUAAUUUAAAAAGAAAACUAAACACAAAAAUUAUUACAGUGCCUGGAUAUUUAUGAAUUAUCUAUAGAGAAAAAAAUGUGUAGAGCAUGUUUGUUUUUAUACAAGA